UGGUGCUCCUCCGCGCGCUCCCGGUCUCGUCUUGGUCAAGCUGCGGCGGAGCCGCUGGAUCACCUAAAGUACACCGAAUCUGUUUCGAGAUACCGGGUUAGGGUCUGGAAAGGUUCUCUGUGGCGGGUUUUUAUUUUCAGGGGAGCGGGGACUUGUGUUUUCUUUGUGUUUUCAGUUUAGGUUUUUAGCCGUAUCAUCAUGGGGACUCUGAGGUGUCUCCUUGCGCUCUUGUGCGCCUUGGUCGGAGCGCAGACGCAGCUCCAGAGACCCAAAUUUGCGGAAUGUCCUGUGGACCUUUUCUUUGUUCUGGAUACAUCUGAGAGUGUCGCCCUCAGACGAAAACCUCCCGGCUACUAUAUCGACCAGAUCAAAAAUUUCACUAAGACAUUCAUAGAUGAACUGAAAGACACGCGCCACCGUUGUGAUCGCUACCUGACGUGGAACUCAGGAGCGCUGCACUACAGUGACGAAAUCAUCCUUGUGCGAGAGCUGAGUGAUAUAAGCACCAGUCGGCAAGCUCUGAAGAACGACAUCGAUACCAUCAGUUUUAUUGGCAAAGGCACUUACACGGACUGUGCCAUUAAGAGGGGCCUGGCUGAGCUGCUCACAGGGGGCUCCCAUUACCACGAUAACAAGUACAUAGUGGUAGUGACUGAUGGUCAUCCAAUUACUGGUUAUAAGGAGCCAUGUGGGGGCUUGCAGGAGGCUGCACAUGAAGCAGCACUACACCGGGUCAAAGUGUUUGCUGUUGCUAUUAAACCUGACCAGGAGGACACCCGUCUGCAAAUCAUCGCCACAAACAAGGACUACAGACAAAACUUCACUGCUGCAGACUCAGCCAGAUCCACCCAGAUGGAAACCAUUCGAACCAUUAUUGACAUGAUUACAAAUGAGACCAUGGAUGUGUGUUGUACGUAUGACUGCCAUGCUCAGGGAGGCCCCAAAGGACCAGAUGGAGAUCCUGGCUCUAAGGGAGAAACAGGCAGACCAGGGAUGCCAGGAGAAAAAGGUGAUAUCGGUGACGUGGGCAGCCCUGGUGAUCCUGGUCCUGUUGGUUACAGUGGGAUGAAGGGAGAUCGCGGACCCAGAGGAGAAAAGGGUGAAAGAGGACACAAAGGCUACAAGGGUGACAAAGGUCACAGAGGAAAAGACGGAAUUGAUGGUCAGAAGGGUGAAGCCGGAUUCCCUGGUCUUCCCGGCUGUAAAGGUUCUCCUGGAUCAGAUGGCUUGCAGGGAGAACCUGGUCCAAAAGGAGAUCCUGGUCCUUAUGGACAGAAAGGAGAAAAAGGAGAUCCUGGAAGAGACGGUGAACCGGGAAGGCCUGGAAACUACGGCUCGCAAGGAGGGCAGGGUGAGCCAGGCCAUCGUGGAGCCAAUGGAGACAAAGGAGAGCGUGGUGAUGAUGGUUUGCCAGGACCUCCCGGGUCACCCGGCCAGAGGGGAGUUCCUGGAGCGGCGGGAGAACAAGGUUCUCGUGGAAUCAGAGGGCCUAGAGGAGAACCGGGAGACCCAGGACCCCGUGGAGAGGCCGGGAGGGAGGGCCCAGAUGGGCUGAGUGGAGACCCAGGUGAGCCUGGCAAACCCGGCCCUGCUGGCUACAGAGGAGAUGAAGGACCCUCUGGACCUGAGGGACCCAAAGGACAAAAAGGAACCAGAGGCGCUUCAGGAGACAGAGGCCAGAUGGGGCCAAGGGGAGAAGACGGUGUUCAGGGAAAUGGAACAGCAGGAUGUCCCGGUUUCCAGGGAACACCUGGACCUAAAGGAGAUGAUGGAGAGCCCGGUAGUAAGGGAACACCUGGACCUAAAGGAGAUGAUGGAGAGCCCGGUGAUCCAGGCCCUGAUAACAACGAUCCAGGACUUCCAGGACCUAAAGGAGCCAAAGGUCACAGAGGACCUGAGGGCAAACCGGGGCCUCCUGGACCUCCUGGACCACAAGGAACUGAUGAAUGUGAAAUCCUGGAUAUCAUCAUGAAGCUCUGCUCUUGUUGUGAGUGCAAGUGUGCAACUCUGGACCUGGCGUUCAUUGUGGACAGCUCAGAAAGUAUCGGCGCAUCGAACUUUGCUCUCGCUAAAGAUUUUAUCAUCACCAUCAUAGACAGACUGAUCAAAGACCAGCAAGUGAAGUUUUCACUUAAUGACUCCAGGGUGGGUGUAGUCCAGUACAGUGGAGAAAGAGCUCAAGAAGCUGUCCGACUCGGUGACCCCAAUGCCACAACCCUCACCGACUUCAAACAGAAAGUCAGAGAGCUGAAAUGGCUGGCUGAGGCCACGUACACAGGCGAGGCCCUUGAUUACUCUCUGAACAACAUGAUCAUGCUCAUGAAGCACCCAAAUCGAGUUGUUCUCGUUCUCACCGAUGGACGUUCUGACAUUAUUCGGGACAAAGUUCCUCUCAAUGUACUCUGCGGAAAAGGCAUCGUGGUCGGUGGUUUGGGAGUAAAGGAUUACUCAGGCCGUCGCCCCAACCAGGAACAGCUUGGAGAUGUGGUGUGUGAGAGUGACCCCAAACCUGGAUUUUCAAUCGUCCUGGACAACUUUGCCGAGCUGCUGGAAGACACCUUCCUACAGAACCUCACCUCGAGAAUCUGCCAAGAUAAGAGAUGUCCAGACUACAAAUGUCCCAUCUCUUUUGGAAGUAACACCGACAUCAUUAUAAUGAUGGACAGCUCAGCCAGCGUAGGCCAGAAGAACUUUGAAAUAAGCAAGAAGUUUGUGCAUCGGCUGGCUGACCGCUUCCUGACAGCUGAGAAGAACGUUGGAGUCUCUGUCAAAGUGGGAGUUGGCCAGUAUAGCCGCACACCUCGCAUGGAGCAGGACCUGACCUCCAAUCUGACUCUGCUCUCUCAUCGCAUUGACGAUGCCGCCUUCCAAAAUGACGGCACCAACGUGCUUGAAGCCAUGAGCUUUGCCAUAAAGCAUUUGGAAAGCCGUGGGGACUCCAGCCCAAACAAGAAGAAGCUGAUCCUGUUUUCUGAUGGCAGAUCUCAGGCCGUCACCGAGGCUGUGUUAGAGAAGCGCGUCCGUGAAGUGGCGGACGCCGAGGUGGAGCUCUUCGCCAUCGCCGUCGGCAGCCAGGUUAAUGAAGUCAACCUGCGCACGCUGGUGAGCAGGGGGCGACUGGAUGAUGUCAGCUACGCUCAGCGCCAUCUGUUCCGUGUCCCAGACUACGCAUCUCUGCUCCGAGGGGUUUUCUACCAAACCGUCUCCCGCAGGGUGGCCCAGCCCUGAGUGCAGGCCCCUUCCAAACGGACCAACACGCUUUAGAUUUUUAGUCUCAUUUUGAAUAUUCAGUCUCACUCAUUUACCACACACUGUGUUCAAACGCUUUAAAAAAAUACGUGUCACAAGAAGACAAAUGAUUGUGUGGCUGUCAAACAAAAAUGGCUGUGGAACUUUUUUGUCCUGAGUUAUGUUUAUAAGGUAGUUUUCAAGACUGAUCCUGUCUUCUUUCCUGGGAUCACAAAAAAAACAUCCAAGAUUAUCACACCAAAGCUUCACUUAAAUGUAUUGCAAUUUAGCCUUGCCAGUGGUACCGCCCCCACCCACCCCACCCCCUCAGACAUCAGGAUAAAAAAGCUUCAAGUGAAAACGGGAUGCUGUGGUCCUGGAGAAUCUUCAGUGAGCUGAAUUCAUUUCUCCUUUGCUUCUUCAUUGGGCUGAAUUCUACUCAGGUAUUCUGAAUUUGUCAUCACCUUCUUUGGACACUAACUUUGGCUUCCUUUGGCUUACAGGUGUGAGUUGAACAUUGCACAUAAGGCUGCUCUAUGUUGGCUCUGCAGGACCCGGCAUCCCUCCGUCUGAAGGAUUGUGUUUAAGUUCUACUGUUGGCUCAGUUUUGUUGUUCUUACCUUCCAAGUGGUGUCGGAUUUACAGUUUGGAUGAAUUUUCCAUGAAAAAGUGCCUUCUGAAUGUAUUACAUCAGACGGCCAAAGUAGGAACACCAGGAUUUAAAUAACUCAAGCACAAAACAUCAUUACCCCCCCCCCCCCCCAACCACCACCACCACCACCAAAAAAAAAAAAAAAAAAAAAAAAAAAAAGAAAA